CGCAGACUGCUCCCGGCCCGGAUCGCUAUGGCAGCGGCGUCGUCGUGGGCUGGGACCCUGCGAUCCCGCCCGGGCCUGGCUGCCUCAACAGCCGCCUCCGCUGCACACUUUAGGGCAUGAACCGAGCCUCCUGCUGCCGCCCGCUGCCCUACCCGCCGCUGCCGCCGCAUCCCGACUCUGGGCCAGCGCUGGGAACAUGCCCCUGGCCGCCUACUGCUACCUGCGGGUCGUGGGCAAGGGGAGCUACGGAGAGGUGACGCUUGUGAAGCACCGGCAGGACGGCAAGCAGUAUGUCAUCAAAAAACUGAACCUCCAAAAUGCCUCUAGCCGAGAGCGGCGAGCUGCUGAACAGGAAGCCCAGCUCUUGUCUCAGUUGAAGCAUCCCAACAUUGUCACCUACAAGGAGUCAUGGGAAGGAGGAGAUGGUCUGCUCUACAUCGUCAUGGGCUUCUGUGAAGGAGGUGAUCUGUACCGAAAGCUUAAGGAGCAGAAAGGGCAGCUUCUGCCUGAGAAUCAGGUGGUAGAGUGGUUUGUACAGAUCGCCAUGGCUUUGCAGUAUUUACAUGAAAAACACAUCCUUCAUCGAGAUCUGAAAACUCAAAAUGUCUUCCUAACAAGAACAAACAUCAUCAAAGUGGGGGACCUAGGAAUUGCCCGAGUGUUAGAGAACCACUGUGACAUGGCUAGCACACUCAUUGGCACACCCUACUACAUGAGCCCUGAAUUGUUCUCAAACAAACCCUACAACUAUAAGUCUGAUGUUUGGGCUCUAGGAUGCUGUGUCUAUGAAAUGGCUACCCUGAAGCAUGCUUUCAAUGCAAAAGAUAUGAAUUCUUUAGUUUAUCGGAUUAUUGAAGGAAAGCUGCCACCAAUGCCAAGGGAUUACAGCCCAGAGUUGGCAGAACUGAUAAGAACAAUGCUGAGUAAACGGCCUGAAGAAAGGCCGUCUGUGAGGAGCAUCCUGAGGCAGCCUUAUAUAAAGCGGCAAAUCUCCUUCUUUUUGGAGGCUACAAAGAUAAAAACCUCCAAAAGUAACAUUAAAAAUGGUGACUCUAAAUCCAAGCCUUUUGCUACAGUGGUUUCCGGAAAGGCAGAAUCAAAUCAUGAAGUAAUCCACCCCCAACCACACUCUUCUGAGGGCUCCCAGACAUAUAUAAUGGAUGAAGGCAAAUGUUUGUCCCAGGAGAAACCCAGGGCCUCUGGUCCCUUGAAGUCACCUGCCAGUCUGAAAGCCCAUACCUGCAAACAGGACUUUAGCAAUACCACAGAACUAGCCACAAUCAGUAAGGUAAAUAUUGACAUCUUACCUGCAAAAGGGAGGGUUUCAGUGAGUGAUGACUUCGUUCAGGAGAAUCAGCCAAGACACUUGGAUGCCUCUAAUGAGUUAGGAGGUAUAUGCAGUAUUUCUCAAGUGAAAGAGGAGAUGCUUCAGAACAACAGUAAAUCCAGUGCCCAGCCUGAAAACCUGAUUCCCACGUGGUCCUCUGACAUUGUCGCUGGGGAAAAAAAUGAACCAGUGAAGCCUCUGCAGCCCCUAAUCAAAGAACAAAAGCCAAAGGACCAGGAUCAAGUUACUGGUGAAUGUACUAUAGAAAAACAGGGCAGAAUCCACCCAGAUUUACAGCCACACAACUCUGGGUCUGAACCUUCUCUGUCUCGACAGCGACGGCAGAAGAAGAGAGAACAGACUGAGCACAGAGGGGAAAAGAGACAGGUUGGCAGAGAUCUCUUUGCUUUCCAAGAGUCGCCUCCUCGAGUUUUGCCUUCUCAUCCCAUUGUUGGGAAAGUGGACAUCACAUCAAUACAAAAAGAGGCUGAAAACCAGUGUAGAGUGGUCACUGGGUCUGUGAGCAGUUCAAGGAGCAGUGCGAUGUCAUCAUCAAAGGAUCGACCAUUAUCAGCCAGAGAGAGGAGGCGACUAAAGCAGUCACAGGAAGAAAUAUCCUCUUCAGGCCCUUCAGUGAGGAAAGCUUCUCUGAGUGUAGCAGGGCAAGGAAAACCCCAGGAGGAAGACCAGCCCAUGCCCGCCCGACGGCUCUCCUCUGACUGCAGUGUCACUCAGGAAAGGAAACUGAUUCAUUGUCUGUCUGAGGAUGAGUUAAGUUCUUCUACAAGUUCAACUGAUAAGUCAGAUGGGGAUUGCAGGGAAGGGAAAGGUCAGACAAAUGAAAUUAAUGCCUUGGUACAAUUGAUGACUCAGACUCUGAAACUGGAUUCUAAAGAGAGCUGUGAAGAUGUCCCGGUAGCAAACCCAGUGUCAGAAUUCAAACUUCAUCGGAAAUAUCGGGACACACUGAUACUUCAUGGGAAGGUUGCAGAAGAGGCAGAGGAAAUCCAUUUUAAAGAGCUGCCUUCAGCUAUCAUGCCAGGUUCUGAAAAGAUCAGGAGACUAGUUGAAGUCUUGAGAGCUGAUGUAAUUCAUGGCCUGGGAGUUCAGCUUUUAGAGCAGGUGUAUGAUCUUUUGGAGGAGGAGGAUGAAUUUGAGAGAGAGUCCUAUAUAGGUUGGUAGUCAUUUGUUCCGGGUUUUUGGACUGGCAAAAAUGGAGUAUUCCAGGCGGACUGACAUGGUGUAUGUAAGUAUGCCAGCUUAUAACAGUUGCUGAAUAUGGGGGUUGAUUCCCUCCCUAGCCCGCUGACUCAUAGGAUAUUGCUUUAUCUGGACUGGCAAGGCGGUGGCCGGGAGUUCUACUACCUCUGAAGGGUGGUGCUUAGCCAGUCCCAGGGGGUUUAACUUGGCCCAGACUCGAGGAAAGAGUCUGUAAGUCCAGUAGGAGAGGAUUAGUUUUAUUUUCUGGCGGUUGUGAAGGUGAAACUAAGAGAUAUUCUUCUGACAGAGGGGUGGUUAGCAGGAGCUGAGUAGCGGGAGGUGGUGUGUCCCUUAGCAUGAGGUGAGCUUGUUGGGCCAAGAAGGAAAUAGAUUUCUGCAGCUUGUGGGGCAGGUCUCGUCCUAGGAGGGGAAAAGGACACUCUGGGACCACAAGGAACAAAUGGGUUACUCUUUUCUGUCCUAAACUCACCUCUCGUAAGUGGGUGACAGGAUAUUCUUGAAUAACUCCAGUAGCCCCCCAUACAGCCACUUUUUUAUUAGAGACACUGCCUAGGGGCAUCUGCAGUACUGAGUGAUCCGCCCUCAUGUCAAUUAGGAAGCGUACAGGCUGGCCCCCAACUGUGGCGGUCACCAUGGGCUCCUGGGGGCCAAGUGUAAAGGAGCCCUGGCCCAUCAAUCAUCAGAUUCCUCUGCAGCAGGGAGGGUGAGGACUUUUUUCUCUUUUGGCUUUUCCUCUGGUCUUAAUGGGCAUUCCUUUUUCCAAUGUCCCAUCUGCUUGCAGUAAGCGCACUGGUUUUUCUCCAGGGGAGCCCGCUCCCCUUUCUGAACCUUUUGGCGGGGACCCAGGGUUCCCUGACCAUUUUUCUGUGAUGGGGGUCUUUCCUUCUUGACUUCCGGAAUGGCAGCCGCUAUGAUUUUUGCCUGUCUUUUUGAUGCUUUGUCAGCAGCCUUUUCAGCUGCCUGAGCUGCCUGUUUCUGCUUUUCAAACUCUCAGUUGUCAAAAACCUUUUGGGCUAUCUCUAAAAGCUGACUGAUGUUCAUUCCGGCAAAUCCCUCUAGCUUUUCUAAUUUUCUUUUGAUGUUAGGGGCUGCUUGAGCCACAAAUGCCAAAUUAAGAGCAUGGCUAUUUUCGGGAGCCACCAGAUCAAAAGGGGUGCCAGUCCGAUAGGCCUCCUGGAGGUGUUCCAGAAACGCUCCUGGUGACUUAUCAGGCCCCUGGACAACUUCAGUUGUCUUAGACAAAUUUAUGGGUUUUCGAGCAGCUCCCUUGAUACCCACAAGGAGAUACUGGUGAAAAUUGUCUAAAGCUCUCCUUCCACCCGAGGAGUUUGGGUCCCAAUUAGGCCGGGUAGAGGGAAAAACCUCUUCAAUUUGGUCUUGGGCUUCCUCUUCUGGCCCACUCACUGAUGUAAUACUUUCUGGCCUCCCUUCUGGUACGUUCCCUCUUUUCAGAGGUGAAAAGGGUUAAAAAGAGUUGCUGACAGUCAUCCCAGGUGGGUCGGUGAGUCCGGAGCAUGGACUCCAUUAGUGAGGUCAAAACCUGGGGCUUUUCAGAAAAGAGGGGAUUAUGAGCCUUCCAGUUGUACAGGUCAGAGGUAGAGAAAGGGACAUAAACUAGGAAGGGAGCUGAGCGCUCAUCACCCGGAGGGAUUUAGGCCUCUCUCAGUGGGAGGAGGGGGGCUACCUCCUCCUGCCUUGGCUGCAAUUGGGAGGCUAUGGGCGGAGAGCCCACAGGAGAUGUAGUCGAGGAAACAAGGGAAGAAUCUUGGGGAGCAGGAGGCUUAUAGGGCAGUGGAACUGCAUGAGGAAAACUUUCCUCUUCUUCAGACGGAGAUAGUACAGGAGGAGCCGAGAGGGCUGAGAGUCCGCACAAAAAUGCGGACCGACUCAAAAGGACCUUGGAAGUGGGAUCAUGAAUGGUGCAUGAGCGGAGCCAGGGAGAAGGGCUCUGGACCAAAUCCAGCCAUUGAUCAAUGUAGGGAAACUGAUCGGGGUGACUGGGACUUCCAGUAACGACCCGCCACACAGCCUGAACAGCUGUGGGGUUAAAUGACCCUUCUGGGGGCCACCCAGUUGCAAACUGUGGCCAUUCUACUUCACAGAGUGUCCAGAGUUCGCCUUUCUUCAGGCAGACUCCGUAAUCCUCUGAGAAGCCUCAAGAGAAAUUCUGCAACAUACAUUGGAAAGGACUCACUCUUCACAGGGCUGGGAAGAGGAGUUUCCCAUUUUGGAGGCAGUUUAACAAGGUUUGAGCAGAGAUAUUAAACCCAGCAUGGACAGAGAAAUUCACAACCUGGGGGGCUGGCGUAUCGGAAGAACAGAAAUAACACAACCAGAAAGAGCAGGAAAACAACUAUAGCCAACACUUCCUGCCACAUGAAGUUGGUUUUCUUAAGCUUUAAGAUAUAGGGAGGAGGACUAGAGGCCGACCCGAGGGCUCCUUGGCCAGCCGGACCUAGAUGACCUCCCUCUUCCCCUUGACCUACAGCCUAAAUAUUUUUGGUGUCUCCAUGACUCAAAGACAAAAAGUUCCAACUUGACCUUCUCUUUCAAGGGUUUUAGGAGGGAGAGCAGAGCCAAAUCUUGGAGGCGCUGGACUUGCUCUGACACAGGAAAACAAGAUAUGUAGGGUAAGGGAUAAGGAUGAGAAGGAAAGGGGCCACUCGGAUCUUUUCUAAGGUAGGAGAGUAGCCACAGGGGAACAGAAUAAGAGUCCAGACAGAGUAAAGCAGUAUGAGCGUAGGCUUCUCUACACAGACUUCAAAAGCACGUGAAAAGUUACAGGAUGACAGCAAAGGUGGGCAAGGAGGUCUGCAGGGUGGCUAUUUUGAAUCCACCACUGAUCUAAUGUGGAGGCGGUCCAGUCACUUGGGCAUGGGAUGUGGCAAUCUAAACUCCAGCAGCCUUUAUGGUGCCAGAAAUUCCAAAUGGGCAAGUGUUUGCCACACCCCUUCCUGUAACACCACCUGAUUUGUUUCUGACAGAAAAGGCAGGACUGGGACGGCCAGCCCAAACAACUGAUGAGGAAUUUGACCUCCUGUGGUAGAAAAUCAGUAUUGAGGACCUUGAAGAAGUUCUUUCCCAGUAGCCUUGGGCAGUAGCGGUGACCUGACAGAUGAAACUUAGAAAGACACUAAACAAGACAAUAGACACUAGUGCAUAUAAACAAGUUUGACAAUUUUUUUUUUUUAAUAGACAGACAAGGGGUAGGGAUCCUGUGAUGGGAUCAGUCAGAUGCCUGCCUGGCCGCUCCCCCUGAGGGGACUUAGGCUCCUUGUCCCCUCAUUGGCAUUGGCAGGCUGGUAUAAACCCCUGGCUCGGAUUGAGCUAUGGCCGAUGCUGCCUUAAGCCUUAUGAGGUCGCCACAGAACCGCAGGUGAGGGCCCACUCGAACUCCGUAGCUUUCGCUGUGGACAAACUGGAAGUUCAAGCACAAGCCCUUGACCUCCCCAUUCACGCACUCAUUCACACAGAGUUUAUAACAGUUUUAUUCUUCUUCUAAAACAGAGGUCUCCAGGAGACCUGAACAAGAGAAGGAGAAGAGAUAGAGAAAGAGACUGAGAGAGAGACUAGUCUUUAAUGGAGAGGCCGGCCUGCCAGAAACCGGGACUCAGUCCUCCAGUGUCCUGGAAUACGGACAGAGUCAAGGGAGGGCCCCCGUUAGGGCCACUUCCCUUCCAGAGAGACACAGAGGCACCUAACAGAAAACCAGGACUCUGUCCUCCAGUGUCCUGGAAUGUGGGCGGUCAUAAAGGGAGGGCCCUCGUCAGAGCCACUUCCCUCCCAGAGAAACAGAGUCAGAUCUGACUUACCUUUCUGGGACCAGAAACUGAGGACUCAGGAGUUGAAUUUUUGUGGGAACACACCGGUGGUUCAUCCUUCCCUUUUGGAUAGACGAGGUCUUAUGGGGCCCUGGAAUGUCUUCAGGUGGCGGCUCCCCUGUAAGUCUGCCAUCUGUCUGGGGGAGGUUGGAACGAGUCUGGCUCUCGCCCGGUGGCCAAAAUUCUCACUGGGGCCUCCAAAUGUUGUAACCAAGCGAGUUAAAGAGAAACGCCACACUUUGAGACAAAUUAAGGAGUCCUUUAUUAGCCAGCGACCGAGAGGCAGCUGACGUUCAAAAUUCUCUCGGCCCAAGGAAGGGGCUAGUUUUGUUUUUAUACCGUAGUCUAAAUAGGGGAGUGGGGGGAAUUUAGCUGAAGCAACUUUUACAGAAGCAGAACUGGCAAAAAGUUAAAAAAGUAAUUGGUUACAAAUGCAGUUACAAAAAA